AUGAGUAUCUUCUCCUAUAUAAGGAGCAUAUACGCUCUCGACACGAUCGAUACGCGGUUUGCGGGUUCAUCCAAAUAUAAGUCAGUUGAUCCACGCAUUAGUCCUGCGGUGCCCAACUCCCCUAAAGGAUUGAUUCGUGAUGUGCGCGCGAAGACAGAUAAUGGACAGCCUGUAGCACAACCCUCGAAAUGGAACACCCCGGAAUUCUACGUCUAUUACUUUGUCUUCAUAAUCACUGUGCCAUACAUGUUCUGGGUUGCGUAUGAUGUUUCUAGACCUUCUGACAAGAACUACCACAAAUACGAGCACCUGCUCUCACCAGGAUGGGUACCGGGGCGCAAGAUUGAUAUCUCUGAUGCCCAGUACUCAACCUUCCGUGGCAACUUGCCAUAUCUUGCGACGCUCCUCCUCUUCCAUCCACUCCUCCGACGAUUAUACGAGACUUCCCGACCCCUACCAUCUCGAAUUGGAUCUUCGAAAAUAAAUGAUAAAUCAUAUGUUUCUGCCGCAGAUGGAGACGCACGAUUGGACCGACGAGCUACGUUCGACUUCACAUUCGCACUGUUAUUUCUGGUGGCUUUGCAUGGCUUCUCGGCGUUCAAGGUUCUCCUCAUAUUAUGCAUUAAUUUCAGUAUCGCGACCCGUCUUCCUCGAAAGCUCAUCCCAGCUGCGACCUGGAUUUUCAACAUAUCAAUACUCUUCGCGAAUGAGCUCUGUGAGGGGUAUAGAUUUGCCAAUGUAGCCGCCUAUCUUACACCGCUUGGGGAAGCAUCCAGCCUUUACAGUUUCGGCGCGUGGCUAGAUAGUUAUGGCGGGAUCAUGUCGAGAUGGGAGGUUCUUUUCAACAUCACUGUGUUGAGGCUUAUUAGUUUCAACAUGGAUUAUUAUUUUAGUCUCGACAAAAGGGGUGGUGAUCCGAUUGAGAAGAAACAACUCGACCCUGCAAAUCUGUCCGAACGCGAUAGGAUUAAAACCCCAGCCCCCGCAAAAGAUUACAACUUCCGCAACUACGUGGGAUAUGUCAUCUACGCUCCUUUAUACCUAGCAGGUCCAAUAAUAACCUUUAAUGACUACGUCUCCCAACUCAAAUACCCACCGGCGACCAUUGAAAGGUCUCGAACAAUAAAAUAUGGAAUCCGCUUCCUCCUCUGCCUCCUCGCCAUGGAACUUGUCCUGCACUUCGACUACUGCGUGGCAAUCUCCAAAGGCGACCCUGACUGGUCCGACUACACCCCGGCCCAGCUCAGCCUCCUCUCCUAUUUCAACCUGCACGUGCUCUGGUUGAAGCUCCUCCUGCCAUGGCGCUUCUUCCGCCUGUGGUCGACCAUCGACGGCAUCGACGCGCCCGAGAACAUGAUCCGGUGCAUCUCCAACACGCCCAGCACCACGGGCUUCUGGCGCGCCUGGCACCGCAGCUUCAACCGCUGGCUCAUCCGCUACAUCUACAUCCCGCUCGGAGGCGCCAGUGCGCGCACCUGGACCUCCACUCUCCGCACCGCCGUCAACUACGCCACCGUCUUCACCUUCGUGGCGCUGUGGCAUGACAUCUCGCUCAACCUCCUGAUCUGGGGAUGGCUGAUCGUGCUCUUCAUGCUGCCCGAGGUCAUCGCGGGUUAUCUGUUCCCGAGGCGCAAGUGGGAGAAUAACCUCACGGCCUAUCGGGUGCUGUGUGGCGUCGGCGUUGUGGGGAACCUGAUGAUGAUGAUGAUGGCUAAUCUGGUAGGGUUUGCCGUGGGGGUUGAUGGCUUGAAAAGUAUCAUCCAUGGGAUUUUUAGGGAUUAUUCGGGUCUUAGUUUCCUAGUCACGGCGUCAUUGGCGCUAUUCGUCGGCAUACAGGUCAUGUUCGAGAUUCGGGAGGCCGAGAUCAGGAAAGGCAUCUUCUUGAAGUGCUAA